AGCCCAGCCACCGAGCAACCACUCCCGUCCGCCUCCGGCCCUCUCCCCCUCAUCUCCUCUCCUCACGCUAGCUGUGACCCCAUCUCUGCCCUCGUCUCCUCCACUGCUCGGCUGCUCUGCGUCGCUCGCCAUGGCGUCCUCGACGGGGAGCUUGGAGCACGGCGGGUUCACGUUCACGCCGCCGCCCUUCAUCACCUCGUUCACGGAGCUACUCUCCGGGACAGGGGACAUGCUAGGAGGAGCCGGCGGCGCCGACCAGGAGCGGUCGCCGAGGGGGCUGUUCCACCGCGGCGCCAGGGGCGGCGUGGGCGUGCCCAAGUUCAAGUCCGCGCAGCCGCCCAGCCUGCCCAUCUCAUCGCCGCCGCCGAUGUCGCCGUCCUCCUACUUCGCCAUCCCGGCCGGCCUCAGCCCCGCCGAGCUGCUCGACUCGCCCGUCCUGCUCCACUCUUCCUCCAACAUCUUGGCGUCUCCCACCACCGGCGCCAUCCCGGCGCAGAGGUUCGACUGGAAGCAGGCCGCCGAUCUCAUCGCGUCUCAGUCUCAUCAGCAAGACGACACCCGGGCUGCCGCCGCCGCCGGCGGCUUCAACGACUUCUCCUUCCACACGGCCACCACCUCCAACGCCAUGCCCGCGCAGACCACGUCCUUCCCUUCCUUCAAGGAACAGCAGCAGCAAGUCGAAGCGGCAGCGACGACCAAUAAGCAGAGCGCCGUCGUGGCGUCGAGCAACAACAAGCAGGGGAGCAGCGGCGGCGGGAACAGCAGCAACACGAAGCUGGAGGACGGUUACAACUGGCGCAAGUACGGGCAGAAGCAGGUGAAAGGGAGCGAGAACCCGCGCAGCUACUACAAGUGCACGUACCACAGCUGCUCCAUGAAGAAGAAGGUGGAGCGGUCCCUGGCCGACGGCCGCAUCACGCAGAUCGUCUACAAGGGCGCGCACAACCACCCCAAGCCGCUGUCCACGCGCCGCAACUCGUCCUCCGGUGGGGUCGUCGCGGCGGGGGAGGAGCAGCAGGCCGCCGCAAACAGCCUCUCCGCCGCCGCCGCCGCGGCGGGUGGCUGUGGGCCGGAGCACUCCGGCGCCACCGCCGAGAACUCGUCCGUCACCUUCGGCGACGACGAGGCGGAGAACGCGUCGCACCGGAGCGACGGCGACGAGCCCGACGCCAAGCGCUGGAAGCAGGAGGAUGGCGAGAACGAGGGCAGCUCUGGCGGCGCCGGCGGCAAGCCGGUGCGCGAGCCCCGGCUGGUGGUGCAGACGCUGAGCGACAUCGACAUCCUGGACGACGGGUUCCGGUGGCGCAAGUACGGGCAGAAAGUGGUGAAGGGGAACCCGAACCCGCGGAGCUACUACAAGUGCACCACGGUGGGUUGCCCCGUGCGGAAGCACGUGGAGCGCGCGUCCCACGACACGCGCGCCGUGAUCACCACUUACGAGGGCAAGCACAACCACGACGUGCCCGUGGGCCGCGGCGCCGCGAGCCGCGCGGCGGCGGCGGCGGCGGUGGCGCCGACGAUGGGAGCCUUGAUGGCCGCCGGCGGCCAUCAGCAGCAGCAGCAGCCCUACACGCUGGAGAUGCUGAGCGGCGGAGUAGGCGGUGGCGCCGCAUACGGCGGCGGCUACGCGGCCAAGGACGAGCCGCGGGACGACCUGUUCGUCGACUCGCUCCUGUGCUAGUGAGGGGAUAUGCGGAGUCGUCGGUCCACACCAAUCUUGGCGCGCGCGGCGGCGUCUGUAGCCUGCUGUACGUGUACGGCGGGUGUACGUAUACACGGUGGCGUACACGCUCGCCUAGCUUCGCACUCAGAUACGUACAGAAUACACACAACACGUACGCUGUAUACACUGGAUCGUAGUAGGUGUAUUUAGCUUAGUUUAGGAAAUGGAAAUUUGUUGAUUCGUUGUUGGAGGCCUUUCUGCCACGCGCGCACUGCACGGUGCCCUUACAUCUCGUAUGCGGUAUGCCUACGCAUACGGUUCUGUGUCUUUUUGUAGCGGCGGUGCCGCCUGUGUGAAAAGGCCAUACGUAUAUCAAAUAUAUAGUGAGACAAAGUCAAUAAAGCUGAACAAAGAUUUUGCGUUAUUUCA